AUGCCCUCCACCCAUAACAAUCAACCCCCCACCCCGCAAGCCAUGCAAAUGUCAGCAACAGCACCGCCAAACAAACAAAUCAUCACCGACCAACCCAAAUCCCACCCCGCACCCCAAAUGACACAAGACGGCGACCAUGGUGACGACGAGCAGCUCAACCUCCGCGGGGGCGGGUUCACCAUUGGGUGCAACUGCUGCAGGGGCAUGUUUUCUUUUCAUAAGAGGUGCUGCUAG